AGUUCACCAAGAAUUUUGGAAAAUAACUGUUCUGUUUAAACAGGUUUCCAACAGUUUAAGCUGUAACCUAUAUACGGUAUAUGACGCAAAAUACCGGCCGCUGCCUGUCCAUCCAGUAAUUAAAAAUCAACACAAUAUCUAAAGUAUACAUCACGAUUCUCCACCCCCAGUCCACGGACCGUGUCCAGGUGGUAUAAAGGUCGACAGUGCAGAGUCCUGAACAGCACUGGACAGACAAAAUGAAGAUCAACAUUCUACUCGCUGUGUUGUUGGGGGUUUUGGCCGUGUCAUACGGAUUUCAGCUCCGUGGUAAAAGGCCCGGUGGUAAGGGUGGUAAUGGUGGCAUGGAUAACAAUGACGAUGACAACGACGGGGACGAUGACAACGACGGGGGCGAUGAUGGAAGACGUGGUCCCCCUCCCAUGAUCCCACGGCUUGUCGUGGAGGUGAUUGCCAGGAGAAUCGAUCAACAGCUGGAUGACUGUUCCGCACCAGAACUGGAAGAAAUGGUGUCCGGAGAAACAACAUUCCGUGAUGUCUACAGAGGCCUGUCUAUGUUACUGCGUGCUGACUGCAGGGGUGAAGGUGGGGCCACAGGAUCACCACCAACAGGACCCACCGGAUCACAGCCACCACCAACAGGACCCACUGGAACCCCGCCACCACCACCAUCCACCACCGACACCCUCCCUUCGCGCCAACUGGAGGAUAAGGUCGUAAGAGAAUUGCUGGACUUCCUAGAGGAGCGAGAGAACUAAAACAGAAUAAAAAAAUAUCAACAGUCAAUAUUGUGAAUCUCUCAUGAAUCUAUUUUUUCGUCUGAAAUCCUUGAUGUUCUUUUAAAAAAUAUUUUUAAAGAAAUAAAUACUCGA